CGUGAGUAGAGAGCAGUUCAUAGGUUGCACGCUCUUGUUCAAUUAAUUAUCCGCCUACACGAGACGAACAUGCAUCAAGGAACGCGCACAAGCAGCGAAGAAAAGCUCCAAACAUGCACCCCGAUAACCAUCAAAUGACACCAAAUACGUGCUGUCAUAUUUAGCUGGACUGGAUUCAAAAUUACUUCCGAGCGUAAGCUUUGUCCCGCACCGGAGAGACUGGAUAUCAGCCUGCUCGUGUUUGCACCCUGCAGUCAGUUGCUGGGGACGCACGUUGUAAAAUGAGGUUUGGAAGCAUCAUUGCAUUCGUCGCUCUCUGCUCUUUUACCGCUUAUUAUAUUUAUGAGCCCAUUCCUGAGGACAUAGAAGAAAGAUGGAAACUCAUGCUGACCAACUCUUUCUUCAGGAGUCUCAGCCACCUGGCAGACCUCAGUGAAUUACUGGGGCUGAAGGACUACAUGGGGGUAAUGUACUUCAUAACUCUGGCUGAAAAGAUAGUGCCCAUGUCUGACGAGCAUAUCAAGGUGACAGAGGAGCAAUUUGAUGGAGUGGACGUGGUGCUGUACCAGCCAAAGAAGAGUGACGGUGACACUAAGCUCAGGACGGCUGUCAUAUACCUGCACGGUGGAGGAUGGUGUCUGGGUAGUUCCCUUAUGAGCCCAUAUGAUCUUCUGGCCAGAAAAAUUGUCAACGAGCUAGAUGCAGUGGUUCUUUCUGUAGAGUACCGCCUUGCCCCUGCUUACCACUUCCCUGUCCCAUAUGAGGAUGUAUACCGUGUGGUCAAACACUUCCUUCAUAAGGGGGUGCUAGCCCAAUACUCUGUGGACCCCGGACGCAUUGCUGUGUCUGGAGAUAGUGCUGGGGGGAACCUGGCAGCUGCCGUCUCCCAGCAGUUGCAGAAAGAGCCUGGACAGCAGGUUCAGUUGAAGGCCCAAGCACUCAUCUACCCCGUACUGCAGGCUCUGGAUCUAAACACACCUUCCUAUCAGCAGAAUCAGGACAUGCCCAUUCUGCCCCGCUACCUAAUGGUGCGUUUCUGGAGUGAGUACUUCACCAGCGACAGGGCCUUUUUCAGAGCCAUGAUGGCCAACACUCACAACAGCCCUGAGUCUUCCAGCCUGCUGAAGUUUGUCAACUGGAGCACUUUUCUGCCAGCCAGAUAUCAUAGAAAAUACAACUAUAGUGCUCCUACUGUGGUGCAGGGAGAGGAGGCAUUGGGAAGGGGGGGAGCAUCUCGAUCUCUCGCUGACCCGAGAGCAUCACCCCUGUUGGUUCCAGACUCUGCCUUGCACUCUCUGCCAAAGGCCUACAUUCUGACAUGUGAGUAUGAUGUUCUCCGGGAUGAUGGGAUCAUGUAUGUCACACGGCUCCUUUCUGCUGGUGUUGAGGUGACUCAUGAACACUAUGACACGGGAUUUCAUGGAGGGCUAAUGUUCACUGUGUGGCCAACUGACUUCCUGAUUGGACGUCGUAUGACGGAAAACUAUAUCAAAUGGCUCAAGGAAAACUUGUAAAAAUCAAACUCUUGACUACCAGUAUUCAUUCCGGUUUUCCCACACAAUGCACCAGCGUUUGCUUAGGUGCAAGGGUUUUAAUAGUUAUUGUUAUUAUAAGAUAUUGUUGUUAAUUUCUUAUUUUUUGGUCAUCCUAAUUUUCUGUCAAUGUAUCAGCUUCUUCUGUUUUCCAUUCAUGUAUUGAAAUAGUUAAGAUACCAGCACAAAAGCAGGUCUGAAUUGUUCACAUAGGUGGGUUUGAGCAAAAGCGUAUAUUCCGUGAACGUAAGAUAUGUUUGCAAAACUAUAACUCCUGCUUAACAAUUCCUAGCAUUGCAUGAAAGAUUGGCAAGUUUUAUUGUGUUCAAAAUAAGAAACAAUAGCCCUUAGUUGUGUAACCUAUAUCAAUAAAGGUACACAGGGGGAUGCUUGCUGGUGUAGUUGAUGAUUUCAAAUGCAGUGUAAAUGUAAAACGUAAUUAUUUUGUAAUCGCUGCACAUCAGAUCUACAUACAAUGAUAUUUGAUGAGCCAGAUUCCACGCAACAAAAAGCAACAAUGUGCAUACACAGCAAACAAUAUUCACCAAUUUCAUUUACACAUGUUUGUGAUUUAAUUUAGCUGAAUUUAAUGUAGAGAAAUAACAAAGAAUCAAAUAGCAAAAGUCUAAAAUUAUCAAGUGAGUUCUGUAUACUAAUAUUUACAGUAUAGGGGUGUGUGUAAAUGUAACAUUUUUGUUAUCAAUAAAUAAGCUACUAUAUGUCCAAAUAUAGACCUGCCUUUGUGUAAUGGAUAUCGGCAAAUUAAGAGAAAGCUGCAAGAGCCAGCUUUACGAUGAAAUGUGUUACAUUUAGUGUCUAGCCAAGUUUCUAUGGUUUGAGUAGGUACUACUUCAGUUUCUUACCACUUUAAGUUCCUGAAACUCUGCUCUAACAAUAUUCAUAAAAGGAAAAUACUGGCAUAUAUUUUCCCUCUGGCCCAACAAUCAUAUGAGGCGGCUUGAAACGAUUCCCUUGUCCCUCUCUUUUAUCUUCUUGAUCUUUCUGUCUGUGGGCAUGGUAACCCUGCAAACUCUCAUCACAUGGCACAGCUAUCUGAAAGAUAACAGGGAGAUAACAACAAAUAAUCCUGUAAACAAAGGUCUCUGAGCUGUUUCUUAAUGUCUCACAGUUUCUUAAGCUUUACUUUUUAAAAUGAUAACAGUUGAUAAUAAACAAAUGGAAGUCAACAUUGAAUAAGUCAAUCAGAAUAAAAAUACUAAAGUUAAGGGACCUGCCUGAAGAGGGCUAUACUGUAGGUGGGUGCUGGUCUCUAACAGAGUUAUUUUCGGGAAACCUGAAGCACUGCUCAAUUUUGGAAUCCUUCAUGGACAACUUAUGAUUUUAAUCACUUUGAAUUUCAAUGUUGUCUGUCAAUAAACUCACUUGAACUGCAA